AACGAGACUGAGCUCCUCGUUGUCGAACAGUCGAAGUCCCCACUCGGUCUCUCCAGAACAAACCCGGCCUUUCUCUCCCCUUUCCCCUUUUUUUAUAAGCGUGUUCGAAAACGUCAGCUUUAAUCUGAGGGUCGAAGCUCGCUCACUGAUUCUCUCGUCUACAGGAAACGAUGGCUGAGCCAGUUUACACAGUUGCAUCAGACAGUGAAACUACCGGCGAAGACAAACAUCAACCUCCCUUCCCUGACCUCGCAGUUGGGAUCGACAUUGGAACAUCAAAAUGCAGUGUCGGAAUAUGGAAUGGUUCUAGAGUUGAACUCCUUAGAAACACUCGGAACCAAAAGCUAAUGCGCUCCUAUGUCAUGUUCAAAGAUGAAGCCCCGUCAGGAGGAAUCAGCGAAGAGCUUCCUCAUUCCGAGCAAGAAAUAUUUUCUGGAGGUGCAGUUUUUAACAUGAAACGGCUCAUUGGUAGAAUCGACACCGACCCAGUAGUCCGUGCCAGUAAAACCCUACCUUUCUUAGUACAAACCCUCGAUAUUGGUGUUAGACCAUUCAUCGCAGCUCUAGUUAACGGUGUUUGGAGGUCAACUACGCCGGAAGAAGUUCUUGCAAUAUUUCUAGUUGAACUUAAAGCAAUGGCUGAGAUCCAGCUCAAACGUCCUAUAAGGAACGCAGUAUUGACUAUUCCUGUCUCAUUUAGUCGAUUUCAACAGACAAGGAUCGAGCGAGCUUGUGCAAUGGCUGGACUUAAUGUUCUCAGGUUGAUGCCAGAGCCCACAGCAGUGGCUCUUAUCUAUGCUCAGCAGCAGCAGCAGCAGCAAAUUCAGGAUAAUACGGGGAGUGGAAUUGAGAAGGUCGCAUUGAUCUUUAACAUGGGUGCAGGUUAUUGCGAUGUUGCCAUCACUGCUACUGCUGGUGGAGUUUCUCAAAUGAGAGCUCAAGUAGGAAGUGCAAUUGGGGGAGAGGAUAUGCUACAAAACGUGUUGCGAUAUCUUGUGCCGGAUUUUGAGAAUUUGAGUUCGAAGAAUAAUGUCAAUAAUAUAAGUUCGAUGGGGGUUCUUCGUACUAUAGCUCAAGAUGCAAUUCAUAAGCUUUCUUUCCAAGACAGUGUCCAAAUCAAUGUGGAUUUGGGAGAGGAGUUGAAAGCCUCCAAGUCAUUGCAUCGCACAGAGUUUGAGCAAGUUAACUCUCUGGUGUUUGAGCAGUGUGAGAAACUUGUGGCUCAAUGUUUGGCUGAUGCAACGUUAGUUGCUGAAGAUAUAAAUGAUGUUAUACUAGUAGGAGGCUGCUCAAAAAUCCCAAAAAUUAGAAACUUAGUGUUGGGAUUAUGCAAGAGAGAUGGUUCGUCCCAGGGUAUCGAUCCUUUAGAGGCAGCAGUCGUUGGAGCUGCUCUCGAAGGAGCAAUCACUUCUGGGAUCAGCGACUCAUCCGGGAGCUUGGACUUGCUGACAAUCCAAGCUACUCCUUUGAGCCUCGGAAUCCGUGCAAAUGGCGAUGGAUAUGCUACGAUCAUACACCGAAGCACCGCGAUACCUGCAAGAAAGGACAUGCUGUUCACAACGGCGAAUGAUAAUCAGACCGAGGCAUUGAUUGUUGUGUAUGAAGGAGAAGGGAAGAAGGCUGAAGAGAAUCAUAUUUUAGGGUAUUUCAAGCUUAUGGGGAUUCCUCCGGGGCCAAAGGGCUCGGUUGAGAUCAGUGUGUGUAUGGAUGUUGAUGCUUCGAAUGUUCUCAGGGUUUUUGCUGGGGUUCUUGUGCCCGAAAGUCAGCAAGCAGCCUUGCCUUUUAUCGAGGUGAGGAUGCCAAUGGUUGAUGACGGGCAUGGUUGGUGUGUGCAAGCUUUGGUUAAAUUGUACGGGCCUGCUCUUGAUUUGGCUACUAUACCUAAAAAAGUGCAAUAGGUGCGUGCGCAUUUGAUGUUAUUGACAGUUUCUUAGAUGAUAUCGUUGAAGAAUGGUUUCUUUAAUUUGUAGUAGGCAGAGGGGAGUCCGAUGUCGAUAUGCGUUUGUUGUAGUGCUGAUCGCGCUUGCGUAUGUUUGAGGGAUGGUUUGUAAAAUGUCACAAUAAAGGUGUAGUUUCUCUUUUGUGUGCGCUCUUUGGUCUGGUACUUCCAUUUUCUUUUCUAAAUGCAUGCAUGCCAGUAAACAUUUGAUUGUGCAUCUUUAUUU